CACUCAGGGCCCCGCAGGGAUACUGUAACUCGAACGCUGAUUGGGGCACUUGACGCCCCAACCUGCAAGGCUGCGAGCUCAGGAAAAAAGUCCAUCACCGCCCACUCAGUGUUCCUUUGGCAGCAAAGGCCCUGCCCCUCAGCGUCCGCAACAGAACUUCCGGCCACUUCCAGGACCGUAACCAUGUCGCGACGUCGCCAACAAGAGCAACCUGAAGAUGUCUCCUCCGACGAAGGGUCUUUUGCCAGUUUUGGCGAGGACGAGGCCCUCUCGGCGUCCGACAAUGACGACGAGUCGAUCGACAGGAGGAAAGGUGCUCUGCUGAGCAAGGAUUCCGACGAAGAGGAGAUCGAACGCUUUGUCCUUGGCGGCAAAGAGACAUUCCGUGAGCGAUUGUUCCGCGACGACUUCCUCCCUUCUGCCACCGACUCCAAGGCACUGGUGCAAACAACUGCCGACGAUGAGGCCACGGGCCACGAGCACCUGCCCGAUUCGAUGCUUUUCAUGCUCGAUUCAGGCGGAGAAGAAGACGAACCAGAGCUCAACUUGCUGCCGGAAAAGCGGGCGCCGCAGGAGAUACAAGAGGAGGCACCCGCGUGGGAGGACAGCGACGACGAGCGGCUGACCGUCUCGCUCGCCGGGCACACGCGGCUCCGCAAGCUCAGGAACACCGAGGCGGAGGACGUCGUCAGCGGCACCGAGUACGCGCGACGGCUACGGCAGCAGUACCUGCGGCUCUACCCACAGCCAGAUUGGGCCAAGGCGCCGGCCACCGGCAAGCGACGGCGGAGACGGUCCUCAGCCGCAUCCGACGACGCCUCGUCCGCUUCGGAUAUGGACGUCGACAGCGACGGCGAGAGCAUCGACUCCCCGCUCCCGCUCGACUCCUUCCUCCGCGAUGCUGCCUCCUUCCUUCCCACGACUGACGACUCCUCCCGCGCUAAGCGCCGCAAACUCCGCCCCGAAACCCUCGACAUCCAACGCACCCGCGACAUCCCCGACAUACACAAGGCCCGCGUCUCGUCGCUGGCCUUCCACCCGCGCCGCCCGCUGCUCCUCUCCUCCAGCGUCUCGUCCAUCAUGUACCUGCACCACAUCGACCCGUCCGCCCACCCGACGCCGAACCCGGCCCUGACGUCGGUGCAGGUGAAGCGCACGGACGUGCGGCGCGCGGCGUUCGUCGGCCCGGCGGGCGACGAGAUCGUCUUUGCCGGCCGCCGGCGCUACUUCCACAGCUGGAACCUGGCGUCCGGCCUGGUCAGGAAGGUCAGCAAGAUCGCGGGCCACCAGCGCGAGCAGCGCACGAUGGAGCGGUUCCGCGCCAGCCCGUGCGGGCGCUACCUCGCGCUGGCGGCGUCGGACAAGAAGGGCGGCGGCAUGCUCAACAUCGUCGCCGUCGGCUCCAUGCAGUGGAUCGCCCAGGCGCGCAUCGACGGGCGCGGCGGCGUGACCGACUUCGCCUGGUGGAGCGACGGCAACGGCCUGACCAUCGCCGGCAAGGACGGCCAGGUCGCCGAGUGGAGCCUGGUCACGCGCCGGACGGUCGGCGUCUGGCGCGACGAGGGGUCCAUCGGCGGCACGGUGAUGGCCCUGGGCGGGCGGAACGGGCCCGCGGAGCUGGGCGGCGACCGCUGGGUCGCCAUCGGCUCGACGAGCGGCAUCGUGAACGUGUACGACCGCAACGAGCUCGUCGUGAAGCCAGCGCCCAAAAAAGCCCAACAACAACCACCGCAGCCGCAGCCGGAACAACAACAACAACAACAGUCGCCGACACCGCCGCCGGCGGUGGAAAUCCACAAGCUGCCCACGCCGCGGCGCGUCUUCGAGCAGCUGACGACGCCCGUGUCGGUCGUCGCCUUCUCGCCGGACGGCCAGCUGCUCGCGUUCGGCAGCCUGCACAAGAAGGACGCGCUGCGCCUCGCCCACCUGCCCAGCUGCACCGUCUACCGCAACUGGCCGACCGAGCAGACGCCGCUGGGGCGCGUCACGGCCGUCGCGUUCAGUGCCGCCAGCGAUAUGCUCGCUGUUGGGAACGAUGUGGGUAAGAUUAGGUUGUGGGAGAUUCGCGGGUGAGGGAGGGAGGUGCAGGUGGGAGGGAGAUGGGGAAGUGGGAGGAGCCUUGGUUUAUGUGGAGAGAGAUUGCGGGGGAAGGGGGUGGUGAGUUGGAUGGGAUUGAAAAGCGCGAUGGUGCCGCGCGGUGCACAGGAGAUAUCCAAUGCAAUAUCACAUCAUCUUGGGGUGUUGUUUUCCAUGGGGAUUCUUGGAUCCUUCAUUGCUUGUGUCUGGUUGUGCGUUGUGCUAACGUACUCCUCACGUAAA